UUAAACACUUACACGAGUUACUCUUUCAGUCUUAAUUGUUUCAUGUUGGAUUUUGAACUGUUAAUUAAACCCGCUUGUUAAUUAACAUUUGAAAUGCCGCGCACCAAGCCGACGAAGAAAAUCGAUGUCCUGGGCAACCUGGACCUGCGGCCCGAGGAGGCAGUGGGCGACUACCUGCAGUCGAAGGCCCAGAAGAAGUACUUCAUCAAGCCUCCAAAUGCAGACUCGGCCGGAGACUCCAUCGAGCUGCUCUACAUACACAACACACGGGAGCAUGAUGAAAUGCUCAAGCUGCAGGAGCAGAUGCUGGUCAACUCGAAGCGGCAGUCGGAAAUAAAUGAGGCGCGAGUGAAGCACAUGUACGAGACGCAGGAGAAGCUGAGGCAGCGCUUUAUUGAUGUGAACAGUUUCAUCAAGGACUGCGCGGACAAGAAGCGAAUCGCCGAGAAGGCCAUCAACGACGAGAGGCAGCUGCACGAGGAGCUCAGCGAGGACAUCAAAAACUUCAAGACCUCCAUUAGCGAGCUAACGACCUUUCGCGAGGCACUCAAAGCCACAGUCGAGGAGCUGCAGCCCUACGAGAAGGUGCUCGAGGAGGUUGUGAGUGUGUCCGAUAUCUUUGUCUCGCCAAAGGACUGCAUGGAUCGCUGUGAUGCACUGAUGCUGGCCCAACUGGAGAUAAGCAAACUGGAGAAUAAGAAGCUGCAGGAGAUCGAGGAGAUGCGCCAGCACAUGGUUAAGAUCACCAACGAGGCGGCUCUCACUGUGCUUGGUCUCAAGAACGAUCUCUCCAAGCUGGAACGAUCCUACAGGGAGUCUCGGGCCCAGUGCUCGAAAUGGGAGAAGAUACUGACGCACACCAAGGAUGUCAUCUCCAGCAAUUACUUGGAAAAGCAGCGGAAUAUUGGUGCUAUUAAUGUACUAUACAAUCUCCUCUGUCGAAGACGUGAUAAGGCUUCGGUUAUUCCGCGCGACAGUAUGGAAAAGCAAUUGGACUUUAUCAAGGACGAGCUGCUGAUCUUGAAUGAAUUGCUCAAAGAGUUCGAAAAGAAGGAUGACUCGAAAAUCAUCGAGGCUUACUGCUAGCGGGGCUUUCAAAUGUUACUUAUUCG